UUCUGGAGUCUUCUGAGGGCGACGACCUGGAGCCCACGAGGUCGCUCCCGCGCAUGCGCAUGCGCUCCCGCCCCCGCGCGGACCGAGCUGAGCGCUGCCGAGCGAGCGCGCGGCCGCCGCAGGGACCGCUCCGUCCUGGGCGACGGAGCCUCGCGUCACGGCGACCACAGACACAGACGCGGCAGGGGCGCCGACGGCGUGGCGGGACGGCGCGACGCCCGGGGACGCGCACCAGGACCGGGAGAGAAGAUGGAAUCAAUUUCAUGGAGACCUGAGCUGCAUCUGUGUAGGUCUUGAGUGUUUGGCAGCAUUUAGUUUUAUGUUGACGGACUCACCGCCCGAACAUGACGCCACGCUUGCCGAACACACUGGAUGCAGGACGUCGGCCGGAGAGGCUUCCGUCCUCCCCCGUUAAUUGGCGCGUGCCCACAUGUGACCGGACAGCCCAGGGCCAGAGAAUAUGACAGGCAGAAGCCGUCUUACCAGAUACGUCCCUCCGUCUUGGGUCUGUGGCAUCAGAAGCAACAGCAGAGGGCCAAUCCAGAAAGAACCUUUGACUUGGUAUUGAAAGUGAAAUGUCAUGCCUCUGAAAAUGAAGAUCCUGUGGUAUUGUGGAAAUUCCCAGAGGACUUUGGAGACCAGGAAGUACUACAGAGCGUGCCAAAGUUCUGUUUCCCUUUUGACGUUAAAAGGGUGUCUCAAAACCAAGUUGGACAGCACUUUACCUUUGUACUGACAGACAUUGAAAGUAAACAGAGAUUUGGAUUCUGCAGACUCACAUCAGGAGGCAAAAUUUGUUUAUGCAUCCUUAGUUACCUGCCAUGGUUUGAAGUGUAUUACAAGCUUCUGAAUACUCUGGCAGAUUACUUGGCUAAGGAACUGGAAAAUGAUUUGAAUGAAACUCUCAAAUCACUCUAUAACCACCCAGUACCAAAGGCAAACACUCCUGUCAAUUUGAGUGUGAACCAAGAGAUAUUUAUUGCCAGUGAGCAAGUUGUGAAAGAUCAGCCCUCUCUAGUACCGCAUUCCUACUUCAUUGCCCCUGAUGUAACUGGACUCCCAACAAUACCCGAGAGUAGGAACCUCACGGAGUACUUUGUGGCGGUGGACGUGGGCAACAUGCUGCAGCUGUACGCCAGCAUGCUGCACGAGCGGCGCAUCCUCAUCACCUCCGGCAAAUUAAGCACUUUAACCGCGUGUCUGCACGGAUCGGCGGCUCUGCUGUACCCGAUGUACUGGCAGCACAUCUACAUCCCCGUGCUCCCUCCCCACCUGCUGGACUACUGCUGUGCCCCAAUGCCAUACCUGAUUGGAAUACACUCCAGCCUCAUAGAGAGAGUGAAAAACAAAUCAUUAGAAGAUGUGGUCAUGUUAAAUGUUGAUACAAACACUUUAGAGUCACCGUUUAACGACUUGUACAACCUACCCAGUGAUGUGGUCUCGGCCUUGAAAAAUAAACUGAAGAAGCAGUCUACAGCUACGGGUGAUGGAGUAGCCAGGGCCUUUCUUAGGGCGCAGGCUGCUUUGUUUGGAUCCUACAGAGAUGCAUUGAGAUACAAACCCGGUGAGCCUGUCACUUUCUGUGAGGAGAGUUUCGUCAAGCACCGCUCAAGUGUGAUGAAGCAGUUCUUGGAAACUGCAGUUAACCUCCAACUUUUUAAGCAGUUUAUUGAUGGUCGACUGGCAAAGCUAAAUGCAGGAAGAGGUUUCUCUGAUGUAUUUGAAGAAGAGAUCACUUCAGGGGGCUUUUGUGGAGGGAACCCGAGGUCCUAUCAGCAGUGGGUGCAUACAGUCAAGAAAGGAGGCGCACUGUUCAACACAGCAGUGACCAAAGCCACUCCUGCUGUACGGACAGCGUAUAAAUUUGCAAAAAGUCAUGCAAAGCUGGGACUGAAGGAAGUGAGGAGUAAGUUAAAACACAAGGAAAAUGAAGAAGAUUAUGGGACCUGCUCUGGUUCUGUGCAGUACACCCCAGUCUACAUGCUGCAUAAUGAAAAGGGAGGAAACGAAAAGCUCAGGCUUGCCCAGGCCCGCUUAAAAAGACCUCUUAAGAGCCUCGAUGGUGCUCUGGACAACGAGGAUGACGAGGACAGUGAACGAGCAAGCAGGGUUUCUUUGGAAGACGGCGAAGAAGCUUCUGCCUAUUUCUAUGAAAGUGACGACUCCGUCGAAACCAGAGUGAAGACGCCGUACUCGGGCGAGAUGGACUUGCUGGGAGAGAUCCUGGAUACCCUGAGCACACACAGCUCGGAUCAGGGGAAGCUGGCAGCUGCGAGAAGCUUGGACUUUUUUAGAUCCAUGGAUGAUAUUGAUUACAAACCUACGAAUAAGUCCAACGCCCCCAGCGAGAGCAACCUGGCCCUGCUGGGCGGCGGCUCUGGCGACCAGGCCGAGUGGCACCUGGGCCAGGACGACUGCGCCCUUCACGGCCGGCACCUGCCCCCGUCCCCCCGAAAGCGGGUGUCCUCCAGCGGGCCGGCCGAGUCCCUCUUCAUCCUGCAGGAGGAGAGCAGCGAGAAGCCGCCCAGUGCGGACGCGGGGAGUGGCCCUGCCGGGGCGGCGUCGGGAGUGGAUUUCCACCUCGAGGCCCCUGGAGGUUCCUCGACUGAUGAAGGAAAGAUAGAAGAGGAGGAAACACUAAGCCAGACCUCCGACGAUCCACUCUUACCCUGCCCCGGGCGGCAUCCGUCAACUUUUGUUCCGUGGGAAAAAGAAGCCCAAGAGCCUCUGGCAGCCCCCGGACUGCUGCACGAGGUCGUGUCGCUGUGCCACAUGGCGUCCGACUUCCAGCAGAGCCUGAACGUUUCAGAGGAAAGCACGAGUGGAAACCAAGCCUGAGUCUCACAUCCCAGCUUCUGCGGAGACGUUUCAGGAUUCCCUGUGAUCCGAACAAUAAACAGAAUUAUUUGUAGGAAUGACACCUCUUACUACUAUUUAAUUUUUUUUCCAUUGGGAACAAAUGUUUCCCCCACUUGUUCAUUUCAUGGAUAUGUUAUCCAUUGAUUUUUAAAUACGAAGCAGAUUAUUCUACUGUGCUCUUUAAAUCAGGUACUAGUCUGUAUGUACAUGUAUUGAACAUAUGAUCUCCUAGUAUUUGGUGCUUACUGCCAUUCAUUCUAUUUAAACUACGUAUGCAUAUAUAAGCCAUGCACCUAACCAGUCGCUACUGCACUAACCUGGUUGAGCAUGAACUGAUCAAAACUAGCCUGAAACUGAUGAAACUGUUAACCCACUAAUUGCCUUAAUCUUGAAGCUGUGCUAAGCAUACUUAACAUAAUUUAUGAAAUUACACGUGAAGUCUGAAGGAUGAGUUAUUGGUGUUUGGAGCAAUAAUGACUUUCUAUUCAUCAAAUCAAGGUCAAAAUUCAUUUUUUUCAAGAUUAAGUAUUUCUACAAAAGAGCUUUUUAAUUUACUUAUAAAGGUAUACAUUUACCUUGUAUUCAGUGAAAUAUAUGAAGUGCUGAAUUAUAAUGUGAAGUAAUGACUUGUGUUUACAGGUGAGACGCUUUAAGCAUUUCCCGGUCUCUCUGUCUGCCUCUGCUGUCCAGGGAUCUACCCUACGAAAGCCAAACGCAACAAACUGUCCUGGCAAAGAUUUUCCUUUUUUUUUCUUCAACUAAUAAUUCUCUAUCAAAAUGUUUCAUAUCAUUAUCUCAAAUUUACCUUUUAAAAAUAAUUCAUAGGAAAAUGACAAAGAUAGUGCAUAGAGUUCCCACACAUCACUGUUGUUUCUCUGUUAUCAUCACUGUGCAUUAGUGUGGACAUUUGUCACAACCAAUGAGCCAGUAUUGACGAUAGUUCAUACCUGGGUCACAGUCUGUUGUUCCCUGGUGGCUGUUUUCUGUCCCUAGAUCCCAUCCAGGGGUGCCUUAAGUUGUCCUGUUGCCUUGGGCUCCUCUUGGCGGUGGCAGCUUCUCAGACUGUCCUGGAUUCUAGUGGCAGUUGAGGCCGUCAGAUGCUGUGUAGGGUCCCCCUGUGGAGAUUUUCUGGUACUUUCCUCAGGGUGAGACUGGGACUGUGGGUUUUGGGGAGGAGGAUCACAGAGCAAAGUGCCGGGUAUACCAGGUCAUGUCAAAGGCACGUGCUGUCAACGUGACUGUGUGUUGGAGUGCCAGGUGACCCGGCUGAGUUGGGUUUCUGCGCCUGAAGUUACUCUUCCUCCCUCCCUCCCUCCCUCUUCCAUAAGGCAGUUUCCAGAAGGAAGUCGCUGUGAUUCUCUGAGGAGCUAUCCUCCCCUCCUUUAGGGCAGAGAAGCGUCUACAUGAAUUAUUUGAAAUUCUCCUGCAUUGGAAAUCUGUCUCUUCCUUUCAAAUUCACUAUAGUCUUUGGAAUUCAUCUGAGCGGGACUCAGGUACUGGUCACUUCAUGAUAGACUAGAUUGACAGGUAUGGUUAGGGAAAAAACAGUGAUGUUAUGGUUCAUUUGUCAUCAGUAUGUUUGUUCAGCAUGUCUACUGCAUACACCCCCCCAUCUGAUUAUUUUUUUAAAAUUAUCUUUUUGGAAAAGUUGAGAAGCCAUCCAAGAAGCCCCAAAAAGACUGUAUUCUAAAAUAUUUGCUGAAAGAAUAUAACUUCAUUUAAAAUCUUAGAAGGGGGUUUUGUUAAAAACAUUACUUAAAAAUAUAUAUAGAGGUCAGUCUAAAUACUUUAAAGAAAAUGACCAAGUUUUUUUAAAUCUACAUUUCAAGAUCUAAAUGAAUGUUUUGAGUUAUUCAUUCAUGAUUAUGAAGAAAGAUGAAUCUUGUUUUCCUUACAAGGAUAAAAAUAUAUAAAGUAAAAAAAAAAUCCUUAUUUUAACACAGAAAACAAAGCUCUUGUUAAAUUUUGCUUUUUAUAUGAUCGUUACAAAAUUCCAACUUACUUUACUGAAACAUAUAACAGAAGUAGCCCAUAUAUCAAAAGAACUGUUUUGAAACAAGAAGGAAAAAAGGUUACUCUGGUUGUUAAUCUGCUUGCCAAAUAAUCUUCAUAAUUUGUGAAAAGAAUGUAAAGCAGCCUUUUAAUAUGAAUUUGGAAAUGAAGUGGGUUUUUUUUUAUUUCAGAACUCACACUCUGGAGAAUGAGAUAACGUUGAGUAGCGUAGGCCAAAUUUGAGUUUCAGUCCAUUUACAUAAUAAAUAUCAUGGCCUCAGAAAUCUAAAUUCUUUUUCUAUCUUUGUCACCUCACAAGACGUUUGGCUGUAACACUGUUGUUCGAGGAUAUUUAGCCACUCAGAUAACAUGAUUGUCUCAAGGUAUUUUAAAGUGUUCUGUGCCUUAUUUUAACAUGCAAAAUUUGCUGUUGUAUUCCGUGUUAAAAACAAAAGCAGAAAUAAACUCUCCAUAUUCUUCAAAAACAAAAUCCAGAAUACUAACUAGCAAGUAUUGAUAAUUCAAGUCAUUAAAAUUUUGAGUGUUCGAAGACUUCUCUUAAAUUAGACUUCCCAGUACUAUGGUGGUCAUAGUGAGAAUGAAGUGAAAUUUAGGGUGAGUUCUGAAAUAAAUGAAAGUGUUAUCUUAUUUUCUGCAAUGCCCAUAUUUUCUACUGUAACUAAACCAAAUAUUUAAAAGCUCCUCUGCUGUUUGAAAUUAUUUUUCAAGGAAGCAAUACCUGUUCUACAACAGAACUGUGUAAACUAAUAAGACUUGUGGCUGUGGGACUGUAGUCUUUUAUAUGGCCCCAAAGCCGAGUCAUGACUCUCACCCUUAUCCUUCUGCCCCUAGCUGUUGCAUUUUGGAGGGGACAAAGGAGUAGUGUGUAGAUUAGGGGCUCUUGUUUUAAGUGGAAAUGUUGCUAAGUGGUAUAUUUUGAUAGCUACCCAUUUUGGCACAUCUUAGAACAGCACCAAAUACAGCAUGAUUAUUUUCUUGAUUAAAAAUUACUGGCUCCUUCAUUUAGAAAAUAGUUACUGACUUGUGUCACUCAUAUGCAAGGUGCAGUAACUGAGCACGAGGGGAAGUAAAAUAAUUGACACAGUCCUUGCUCUGAAGGAACCAAUUAAAGGCAAAGGAAUUGCCAAUCUGUUAAAAAUAGUAACAACAACAGCAACAGUAUACUCUGCUUAGAAGUUGUUAGCCCAGGAUUCUAACAGUGAAAAAAAAAGUUUAUUUUUAUGGCUGCUUAACUGUAAGCAUACUCUAAGAAUGGUACCAUUUCUAACCUUAUUAACUUUCUCAAUUAUUAUGCUAAGUAUAAUGCUGCUAAGAUAUCCACUUUUAAAGGGCAGAUUCAGAUGCUCUGAGUGUUUUUGUUUAUCUGAAAAUCUACCAGAUAACCAGACAGCACCGGGCUCUCUAUAAGGGGAUGAAGCUCCUUUCAGCGCAUGUGGCCACUUCACCCAGUGUAGGAAUAAAACUGAGGAGGUGGAUGCACGUUGAUCGGAAUCCAGUUUUUACUAUCUUUAAUUUUGACAACAGCAUUCUCUAGAAACUGCCACUCCCUUUUAAGUUAAAACUGUCUAUGGCAGUGCUGUUAUUAGGGCUCUCUGUUAAUAUCCUAUUACUAGGAUCCAGGAAUGAUAAUGACUUAGUUGUUUCUUAAAUAAGGUGUAGAAGUAAACUCUUGAUCGAGAGGAGAAAACUGAAUAUUCUCAAAAUCAGUAGACCUUCAUUCUCUUCUAGAAAAUUUGGAUUUUCAGGACAAGAUUUUGAUGAAUAAAUUUUCUAAUAUGAAUUCCAUUUUGUUUGGUAUGCAUAAAUGACCCAAACCUGAGAAGAUAUUUGUAAAUCAGAAUAUUUAAGAAUAUAAAAUGAAUUCCCAAAUCUAGUUUUCUCUGAUCACUUCUCAUUGUAAGAAAUAGUUUCACAGACCCUGCGUCAGUACUGGUACAUUCUUCCCUAUGUCAAGCCCAGUGAUAUUGUUAGUGUAUGUUUCUUAAAGCUUAUUUAAGAGGCAGAAUGGUUUUGAGCAAACCAGUUAACCUUAUGAUUUGGUGAAGAAAUAAAGAAUUAUGUACAUUUAGAGGCAUUUUAUUUUGAAAAUAAUAGGAUUUCGUGCAAUAUUUUUUCUUGCAUCAUUUAGUUCAUACAAGUAUGCACAUCUGCUUUCCCGGCAGAUGCCUUAAGGUCAUGUUUUUCAGUAUUUGCCUAAAACCGUAUGUAGCAAUGUUCUUUGUGAUUUCAGAAAACAAUGUAUUUCUUUAUCUUGUUGGUAGGAGAAAUGUUCUUGUUUAUUUAAAAUGAUUAUGGAUAUUUGUUAUUGUAUCAUAACUAACUGCCUCAGCAACAGUGAAUAUGCAAUAAGAAAAUCCUGUACCUUAGAUUAGUGUUGACAGCACUGUUACUCUAAAGGAAAUGUAUAUGGUACAAAUUGCUGAUUCCAUGUGUGUACACUUAAGACACUCAGUUCUGCACCACACAAAUCAAAAUGACGUUUGUAAGCUGAUGACCACACGUGUGGGUUGUGACAUCCUUUGUGAUGAAUCUUUGCUAAGAUUUAUAAAGGGCAUUGCCAAUACUUUUUGACUGUAAAUUAAGUUAAUUUUUUGUAUGAUGUACAGUUUGUUUAACUUUAGAGCUUCUAUAGAUUUCUACUUUUAUUGUACUUGAAUGAGGCAGAAAAGCACUGUGCAAAACCUGUAGCUCUGGAUGCAAUACACAAACAUACCAAAAAAAUAAAGCAAGGUACUGAGCAGCAGUGUGAACAGAAUGCUUUACAUCCAGAAAGCUAUGGUUUAUGGGUUUGUUUUUUUUUUUUCCAAGCCACAUUUUGGUUAAGUGAAGUGAUUGAAGAUAUACGAUUUUCUAACCUUAAAAUAUUGCAGAAUCACAAAUGAUUACCUCUUUGAUAUGAUGAACCUGUAAGUCCAUCUCCUUGUUAUUGUAGUUCUCAGAUUAAAGCCGUGUUGAGGCGCAUUAACAAAUACACCCUCUGCUUGAUUAUAUGACAUUUAGGUCGAGACAAAAUGAGGAAACUGUGCAUGUUAAAUGCAUCACAUGUCAAGUUGCCAUCCUUCAGGUAAUGCAAGUCCCAUAAGGUUAUUUUUGAGAACCAUUCAAUAAUCACAUACCAAAAAUGAGGUUUCUUCAAUCUGUUACACAUCAGUGCUUUCAGCAGUGCCUAAAACAGCAGCAAAUACGAACUGCAUGAGUUCUGUAACUUAAAAUGCAUAAAGCUUUUUUGCAUAAAAGCCACAGAGGGGUUUCAAAAUCAAACUUUUCCAAAGCUUAUUUCUUUUGCUUUAGAUGAAGAACUGUGUUUAGAAGGACUGAAAUCCUGAGCUUUUUUUUUUUGCUCAGCUUGGUAGCAGAUACCUAUAAACACCUGCCCAGCAUUGAGAUUUGCUUCAUUGUUCUUGCAUCCUUAAGGCUACAGUAGGAAUCAUCUCCAAAGCUGACUACUAUGGGCAAGGCAUUGUGUAUAAGAGUAUUGCUUUGGGAAUUUGAGAAAUAUGCAAAACUACAUUUUGGAUGACUAUUACCCUAAGGUACCCACCCAACAAUGCAGUUAUGAAAUAAAAUUGGUCACAGUCAAACUUCA